GUUUGGGACAUUUAAUCCCCCGCCCUCUGUUAACGUAUGUUUUGCAAAUCUUAAUGCCGGUUGUGUUCCCCUUCGGACUAACAUACCCCUACGGGUUUCUUGCGCUCGGUUGGCAGCCGGACUAACGCGCGCCGCCGUCUGCCAGCUUGGGGACUCGACUGCUCGCCACCAGGUGCUCACCUCCAUUCCCCAGCUUCCAUCUGCGAGCGCUGCCGUCUGCCAGCAGGGGCACUCGCCACCAGCCAGAUUUCCGCCCCACCCCCUGCCACCGGACAGCUGUCGUCGCCACCUCCUUGCAUCCCCAUGGUUUCCCCUGUGGAAAGAGUGGAUCUACCUGUUAGGAGCUCGGAUUUGUCUGAUCCCCAAGAUUUUCUGUUAGGGGAUGAACAGAGAAUGGAGGUAUUAGAAAUUGAUUGGGGGGCAAUACAAAUUGAUGAUAGAUGGGAGGAAGAAGGAGAACAAGAGACUGCCUCUGAGUCAGUGAUGUAUGAUCGGUUAGGAUUGUUAGCUGAAGAUGAACGUGAAACUACUGAAAGGCAAGAGACUGUCCGCCAAAGCGAUGAAUUUAAUGAUGAAUUGCCCUGCACUGAUUGCAUACCACAAGAAAGGGUAUUUGAGUGCAAUAGAUCUAAUCCAGUAAUGAAGAUUGGGAGUUUGUACAAGGAUAUGAAAGAAUUUAGACUGGCUAUCAGGCAAUAUGCAAUUAAUAAUGAGUUUGAGUUAGGGAUUGAGUCAAGCUCACCAUUCAGAUAUCGAGCUUAUUGCAAAGGAGGUGAUUGUCCAUGGAGAAUCAAUGCAAGGCUACAAAAUGUCGGGUCUCCCACAGUCGUUGUUACAGUUAUCGUGGAUAAGCACACAUGCACUUCUAGUGGUCGUCGAAAAACAACAACACCCACCAGCUCAUGGGUUGCUUCCCUAGCAAUGCCAUUCCUUACGAAGAAACCACAUAUGGGAGCUAAAGAAUUGCAAAAUACCUUGCAAGAGCAGCACAAUUGCACAAUUUCGUAUGAUACAGUGUGGAAAGGACUGACAUCAGCAGUGAACGAUGUAUUUCCAAAUGCUGAAAAAAGAGAAUGCUUCCGCCACCUGAUGCAGAACUAUGUUAAGCACUUCACUGGAUCUGAGCACAUGUAUCCCGCGGCUAGAGCAUAUAGGAACACCAUUUUCGAGCACCACUUCAGUAAAGCCAGAGAUAUACUGGGUGUGAAGCAAUGGAUCGAUGAGUGGCACCCUCUUUUAUGGUACAGAUGUGGUUUCAACACGGCUAUAAAGUGUGACUACAUAACCAACAACAUUGCUGAGAAGGAAAAGGAUCGGCGACAAAUUGGGUGGUACAAUCCUUCCCAUAGUCAUCAAUUUGUUGAAGGCUAG